AGUUUGGAAUUGAAAUCUCCAAACAGUACUACUGUUCUUAAUCUCAUCAGAACGUCGAUUCCAAUGUUUUCAUUCAAUUUCGUUGGUUAAUUCGAUGAUAUUGAAUGCAGCGCAAAGUGAUGUCUCUAACAUUUUUUAGCAUAGAAAUUCUAUGUUUAUGUAAAGCGCAUUGCGUCGCCUAACAUUAACUCGCAUUCGUUUACUGCGAGUUUAUCUUGCGGUUUUGUGGUUCAAAGCAGAAUCGUAUCGAGCUCAAAGCUUCAACUGAAAUGAAACUACGAGGAUAUUUACUGGUGCUCUCAUUCGACGUUUGCACAUUCAGAAACGACCACGGCACAGUGAGCAACAACACAAGGGCUCAUUGAUUAUAUGGACCAGUGAAAUACUGUUCGCAUUAGGGACUGUCUUUGGAUAUCAAAUAUUCAACAAUUAAUAUUACGUGGGACAAGAUAAUAUCGCAUGUGAAUCAACUUCCUAGUUGUAUCGGCGAAAAGGGUGGUGAUUUAAUGUGCUUAACAGAAAGCGCGAAAAGUCCGUGACACGUUAUUCGGAAAACGAUACACUCUGUGAGGAGGGUCAAAAAUAAAGUUUUGAAAUGUGUUUGGUUCUGGAAUAAAAUACAGAAAUUUUUCAUUCUAUACCGUCAACACACAGGUUUUUUAAGUAGUGUAUACCAGCAGGCGUUCUCGAUUUUCAUUUCCCCGACUGAGAGUUGUCCAUUUAAGAGGAGUUCGAAUCCAAAAGGUCCAUAAAAUAAAAGAGCAUUGCGGAAAACGAGUAAUAUUCCCACGGCCCUCACAUCGUUUACAACCAUGGUGGAACCACCAAGUAUGCCUAAUAAUUCAGACUACGUCGAGCCUAAUCCUCCCGACACAAUGAGUGAGACUCUACCAGACACAGAUGAAGUGAUCAAGAUAAUGGAACGGGGGACAUUGGCCUGCAUAUUUGACUUGGAAAAACGACCGGAGGAUAAACAGCUCAUGAUACGGAGGGAAACCAGGCAAAUCAUUUGGAAAAGAAAUGUUAAUCUUCGCUCGUACGAUGGUUCCGUCGAGUUCAGGGACAUCAAAGAGAUCAGAAGUGGCAGGUGCUCCAAGGAUUUUGAAAGAUGGCACUCGGAAACAAAAAAAAUGAAAGCAGUGCGGGCUUUUGUUAUCUAUUACGGAUCUAAGUUCCUCCUUAAAACAAUAUCUGUAUACGUGCCUACUGAAAGAGACCGUUUAAUUUGGGAGUUCGGUCUACAGUGUUUGAUGAGUGACACCAAGAAAUCUUCGUCCGCCGCGCUGUUUCACAGUUGGUUGCAAAAAGAGUUUUAUGAAAUGCAAAGCGCGCAGGGAACAAUGGAGUUAAAAAAUCUGAAGGUAUUUUUAUCACGACACAAUUGUAAUCUUUCCACCCCGAAACUUAAGGAAUUUUUGGAAAAUUUUAAUCCAGAAAAUCAAGACGAAAUAGAAUUUGGUGCUGCUGUUAAACUGUAUCACAAAUUAUUGUCCGAACACGAAAAAUUCACGGGCUACGACAGAUUACUUAGUUAUUCGGAAAACGGAGAAACCAUGACUGUCCAAGAGUUUCAUAAAUUCUUGAACGAAGAACAGAAAGAUCCAGUUACAGAUGAGGCAGAGGUUGCUCGAUUUAUUACGGAAUACAUUCACGAAUUACGAGAAGAUGAUGAAACACCUUACUUAAUGAUGACGGAGUUUUUCGAGUUUUUAUUUUCCAAAGAAAAUGAAAUUUGGGAUACGAAAAAUGACCAAGUUACACAGGAUAUGACUCAACCUUUGUGCAAUUACUGGAUCGCCUCGUCUCAUAACACAUACUUGACUCGCGAUCAAUUGCUCGGCGAAAGCAGCUGCGAAUCGUACGCUCGAGCUCUGAGAUCAGGCUGCAGAUGCAUCGAGCUGGAUUGUUGGAACGGAUCGGAUGGAAUGCCUGUCAUUUAUCACGGACAUACGGCAACGCCAAAGAUCAAGUUUAUCGACGUGAUAAACACCAUCAAGGAUCACGCCUUUGUUACUUCUGAUUACCCAGUCAUCCUUUCGAUUGAGGAACAUUGCGACUUGUAUUACCAACGCAAAAUGGCUUCGAUCAUGCGAAAAGUGUUCGGUAAAAUGCUCCUAACGAAACGUAUCACCAGAGUCGAGCCAGAGCUUCCGUCUCCGGAAAUGCUACGUGGAAGAAUAAUAGUGAAACACGGAACACUCCCGGAUCACGUAGAACAGAAACCAGUGGUAAAGCAACCAAUUCCCGACGAAGUGGAGCAGGAAAUGGACCUAAGGAAUACCAUAAAAAGCGGUAUUUUAUAUCUCGAAAAUUCAGUUGAAAAAACUUGGGUUCCGCAAUUUUUCGUAUUGACUGAACGGAAGUUGUACUACACUGAUAUUAUUUUGAAGAAUUCGGAAACAAAUGUGGAAGAGGAAGAAACAGGUUCGACACCCCGAGCAUCUGGAGACGUGCCGAACGAGGAGUUACACUACGGGGAGGAAUGGUUCCACGGAACGUUGAGCAAAGGAAGACAAGAGGCGGAAGAGCUGCUCAACCGCUUUUCGCACCUUGGCGAUGGGACGUUUUUGGUCAGGCAAAGUGGAGUCUUUGUGGGUGAUUACUGUCUCUCGUUUUGGCACGGAGAGAAGCCAAAUCACUGCCGCAUCAAAUCGAGACAAGAGGGGGGCCGAACAAAGUUCUACUUUGUGGAUACCAUGUGUUUUGACGACCUUUACAGCCUCAUAGUGUACUACAGGACCCACCCGCUCAGAACCCAACAAAGAUCAACGAUUUUGCUAACUCAACCGGUCCCUCAACCGAGUAAACAUGAAGAGAAGAAUUGGUGGCAUCCUGAAUGCACUCGUGAAGAAGCUGUUAAGCUUCUAAAAGAAGUUUUCCUUGACGGAGUCUUUUUAGUGAGACAAAGUGAGAUGGAACCCCAUACAUAUGUUGUUUCAUUCAGAGCAGACAGAAAGAUCAAGCACUGUAGGAUAGGGGUGGAGGGUCGCCUUUACACUAUCGGUGUUUUCCAGUUCGAAAGCUUGGUCGAAUUGAUCAGUUACUACGAACGUCAUCCCCUUUACAACAAGACUAAACUCUCUCAUUCUGUUACCCAGUGUCAAACAAUGAUGAAUCAGAAUGGCGUGAACGCAGAGUUUGCAGCCCUUUGCUCGGCUGGAUAUAUGGAUCACAGUUAUUUCGCCGCAACGGUAACGGUGAAAGCGAUUUAUGAUUACAUAGCGAACCGAGACGACGAAUUAACAUUUUCGAAACACGCGAUAAUUACAAACGUCAACCGCGGCGACGGAAACGGAGGCUGGUGGCGAGGAGAUCAUGGAGGAAAAAAGCAACUACUAUUCCCUUCCAACUAUGUUGAGAAUUUUGAACCCGACGUCAAUCACGAUGAAUCGCCGGAAAUGAUAAUAGUGGCAAAUCUUCAAAAAGGAUCCCUUGAUAUUAUGGGCGCAGAGGCGACUUUCAUACCACGAGACCGGCCAGGAGUCAGUGGCAUUAUCAGAGUAAGAAACUCGAAAGUACCCGACGUAGUUUUUGAUUUAGCUGCGUUGUCAGAUGAUUCCGCAAAGGAUUGGAUGAGGUGCCUUAAAGAAGCAGUGAAACACGCCAGCGCUAAGCAAAAGAAACGUAACGCAAUGGAGCAAAAAAAGAAGAUAGCAAAGGAAAUGUCUGAUCUCACGAUAUAUUGUUGUACUGUUUCAUUUGAUAAGGAGUCAAUAGUCCAAAAUGGAUUUGUAUGCCACCAGAUGAGUAGCUUCCAGGAAACAAGAGCUCAGAAGCUUAUAUGUACUCUGGAAAAUAAAUUUUUCCUCAAGUAUCACCAGUUUCAACUAAGCAGAGUCUACCCAGCAGGAUUACGAUUUGCUUCCUCAAAUUACAAUCCCGUUCCCCUCUGGAAUUCAGGAAGUCAAAUGGUAGCCCUGAAUUAUCAAACCGGGGAUAAGUACAUGCAGCUGAACCAGGGAAAGUUUCGAGAGAACGGCAAGUGCGGAUAUCUUUUGAAACCCGAGUUCAUGAAGAAGGAUCAUUUUGAUCCGUACGAUAAGGAUACGCUGAUCGACGUAGACACUCUGAAACUUAAACUGAUAAUCAUCGGCGCGAGGCACUUGAGGCAAUUGCCGAAAGGACUCGGUUACCCUUCUGUCGAUAUUGAAAUUAUCGGUGCCGAUUUUGAUACCGGGGCUCACAACAAAUACACGACACAGACUGUAGAGAACAAUGGCUUCAAUCCAAUAUGGGAUGAAUGCUGCGAAUUUGAGGUAGCUAAUCCAGAUUUUGCCAUGUUGCGAUUCGUUGUUCACGACGAAAGUGUGUUUGGAGAGGGUAUUUUCAACGGCCAGGCUACCUACCCGGUUCGUUGUUUGAGGUCAGGUUUCAGAAGUGUGCCAUUGCAAAAUAAAUUCAGCGAAGAGAUGAAAUUUGCUUCACUAUUAGUUCAUCUCACCAUUGAAGUUGUAAAGAAACCUGAAAUAACAAGGACCGACUCAUUUACAAGCGCAUUACAUGAGAGUACUCUGGAAAUGAAUAACAUAACUGAGAACGGCAAUGUAUCAGAAUCAGAUCCCGAUUCUUCAAUUUUCUACUACUCCGUUGGAAGCAGCUCUUCCCAGAGCGAAUUGGAUAUGACUGGUCACAGUCAGAUUUUUAUACCGUAGAAGAUUUUCAGCGAUAAGAGUGCAAGCGCAAUGGUCUGAUGGCAACUUGCUUGUGGAAAGGAACGUCUGAGGCCUGACUAUCUGAAGAAGCGUUUGUACCGCAUAAGCGUCACUAAUUACGUAUGUAAAAUAUUUCACACAGCGGUGUCGACACCUUGUUAUUAAAGUGGUUCACCUUGGCACGUUAAUGCUCACUGAGUAAUGGAUGUCAGAGGAAUGUUGUGCCAAGUGUGAAAUACCAAUAUUUGACGUUUCGUUCGAGAGUGAUCGUUGAUAAAAAUUGGAUCUUCAACUGAACAAAAUAAUCGUUAUAAUUAUUAUAACCGUUAUUUUUUUAUUAUUAUUUUUGUUAUUAUUUAUAUUUCAGUCAUGUUAUACAAACAGUUAUUCUUUUACUUUUCACCUUAUGUUUCAGAUUAAUAUAAGAAUUUAUACGCGCUUGAACUUAUGAAUGAACGUGACAAACACAUGAUUUUGAUUUCUUCACUACCGAUUACUGUUAUAUUUUUGAUUAUUCCUCUACUACACGACGAAGGCAUAUCCGGUUAGAUAUGGAACUUUAGUUAAGUUUUCGUAAACCUCGUACGUGUAGAUGUGUUUCAAAGCGUAAUACUAAGGUUUGUAAUACAUUGGCACACACAAAUACAUUA